AAAAUAUACUGGUUAAAGAACAGAGAAAAGAUCUAGUACAGUGUAAGAUUAGCAAAUAUAUUCACAACUGUUUAAAAAAGUGUUCCUUUUCAACCAGCAAGGUGAUGCAACCUGAGCAGACGUUUACCUAGUUUUGUCCACUCUUUCUGAACACUGCCUUUGCACACCCAUACAGAUUCGAUAUGUAGUUUGGUGCUUUACACAGAGGAGGAUAAUCAUACCCCUUCCACAUAUUGGAAAGAAUGCCAGGAAGCAGGGAAUGGGUUGCUCCGUGUAUUUGUACCCCAAGCAGCAAUGUCAUCUAACAGACAGGUUGUCUCGACCAACCAGGCUGAAGCAGCUGCGAGUGCUACAUCUUGGCACUCUAAAGCUAUUGGCUCCUCUCUGGGGAGUGGAGGGUGUUCAGUUAUUAAUGACCGCUGAGCAGGCAGCACCAUGUCAGUGUGACAACUGAUCGGGUGAACGAUGCACCGCUAACCACCAUGGAAACACGGAGAAAGAAGACGAAAAGCUAGCAGGCAGCUCACUCUCUCGCUCUUUCUCCCCUUCUUCCUCCGCUGGAUUGUGAGCGUCUGUCCACCAGUGACAGAGCUCUGGAAAAAGUAACGGAUCACAUCCUGCUGCACAGAGCUGCUCUCAUAUUUCAGGAUAUACAGAGACAACUGUGACACACUAUCUGUGCAUGCAUCGACUCAGCUCCCUGCCACGAGCAUCAGUAUGCCAUUACCUGAAGUACGGAAUCCAAAUACACAGGAGGGGUCCGGGACUGAAACAACUCUUGGAGGGUCUCUCUUCCAAAACAACAGAAGUGAAGAACAACAUCAUGGGAUCUAAAGUUAACACUUCCAUAUAAGUGUCCUGCUUUCCUUUCUUCCACCUUCUGGAUGGACCUCACAUUCAAAUACACUGCUGUAUUUAUUCUUAUGAAAAGAAGAGCAUCCUUCCCCGAAUAUGCCUCUUUUAACUGGGCAAAGUGAUUGCAAAGGUGCCACUUAUUUCCUAGAAACAGAGGGGUUUCCUGGUUCUUUAGCAUGCAUCAUUUGACAGAUGCAAGUGCUUGUUUUAUCAAAUGAGCAACUCUUAUUGAACUUAAAAACUGUAAUUGUGCAAUUAUUAACAGCCAAUUACUUUCCUGGAAUAUUGAGCUAAGAUGAAGGACAUGCCACUCAAAGUUCACUUUUUACUUGGCCUGACUAUUACUGCACUAGUACAAGCUGUAGAUAAAAAAGCAGACUGCCCACAGUCAUGUACAUGUGAAGUAAGACCGUGGUUUACGCCAAGAUCUAUAUACAUGGAAGCUUCAACAGUAGACUGCAAUGAUGCCGGCCUUUCUGCUUUUCCGACCAGAUUACCUGCUGACACACAGGUUCUACUCCUACAGGCAAACAACAUUAAAAAAAUUGAAUAUUCAUCUGAAUUCCCAGUAAACCUUACUGGUUUGGAUUUAUCUCAGAACAGUUUGUCCUCAGUGGCCAACAUCGAACUUCGAAAGAUACCCCAACUUCUUUCAGUCUACCUGGAGGAAAACAAACUUACAGAAUUGCCUGACAAAUGCCUCUCUGGACUGAGCAAUCUUCAGGAACUCUACAUUAAUCACAAUCUUCUUUCCACAAUUGCACCAGGAGCCUUCACAGGCCUUGAUAAUCUUCUUAGACUUCAUCUCAAUUCCAACAGUUUGCAAUUCAUCGACAGUAAGUGGUUUGAAGCUAUUCCUAAUUUGGAGAUUCUUAUGAUUGGAGAAAAUCCAAUCAUCAGAAUCAAAGAUAUGAACUUUAAAUCCCUUAGCAAUCUGCGGAGCCUGGUUUUAGCAGGCAUAAAUCUCACAGAAGUACCUGAUAAUGCCUUAGUUGGCCUUGAAAAUUUAGAAAGCAUCUCUUUUUAUGACAACAGAUUAGUAAAAGUGCCCCGUACAGCUCUUCAAAAGGCUACAAAUCUUAAAUUUUUAGAUUUAAACAAAAACCCCAUUAACAGAAUACGAAGAGGGGAUUUUAGCAAUAUGGUACACCUCAAAGAAUUGGGAAUUAAUAACAUGCCUGAACUGAUAUCUAUAGACAACUUGGCUAUUGACAAUUUACCAGAUCUGAGAAAAAUAGAAGCAACCAAUAAUCCUAGAUUAUCAUAUAUACAUCCAAAUGCAUUCUAUCGACUUCCCCGGUUGGAAUCACUCAUGCUCAACAGUAAUGCUCUUAGUGCCCUGUAUCGCAGUACAAUUGAAUCUUUGCCUAACCUCAAGGAAAUCAGUAUGCACAGCAACCCAAUUCGAUGUGAUUGUGUCAUCCGGUGGAUUAAUAUGAAUAAAACUAGCAUUAGAUUCAUGGAGCCAGAAUCACUAUUCUGUGUAGACCCUCCUGAAUUUCAAGGCCAAAAUGUGAGGAAGAUUCAUUUCAGGGAAAUGAUGGAAAUCUGCCUUCCCCUGAUAGCCCCAGAAAGUUUUCCCUCAAGCCUAAAUUUAGAAACAGGCAGCUACAUUUCAUUACACUGUCGAGCAACUGCAGAACCAGAACCUGAAGUUUACUGGAUAACUCCAUCAGGUCAGAAACUUUUGCCCAACACUGUUUCUCUCAAGUACUAUGUACAUUCAGAAGGAACGCUAGACAUUAGUGAUAUAACACAAAAGGAAAGUGGCCUAUACACAUGCAUAGCCACUAAUUUAGUCGGUGCAGAUUUAAAAUCCAUUAUGAUCAAUGUGGAUGGAUCCUUCCCCCAGGAUAACCAUAAAUCUUUGUCUAUUAAAGUAGAAGAUGUUCGAUCUAAUUCCAUUCUACUGUCCUGGAAAGCACAUUCUAAAAUAGUGAGAACCACCAUUAGAUGGACUGCUUUUCCAAAAGAUGAAAACUCCUUGGCUUCACAGAGUGCCCGAAUUCCAUCUCAUGUAAGGGUCUAUAAUUUUACACAUCUCUCCCCAUCAACGGAAUAUAAAAUUUGUAUUGACAUUCCCACCGUCCGACUACAAAAUGCAAGACAAUGCAUCAAUGUUACCACAAAAGGAUUGGAUAUGGCAAUGGCGACAUACAAGAAAAGCAACAUCACAACAUUUCUUGCCUGCCUUGGUGUCCUUUUGGGAUUCUUUUGUGUAGUCUUUCUCUUCAGUUGCAUCUCCCAUGAAAUGAACUGUGAUGCAGGACACAGCUAUUUCAGGAAUUACCUGAAGAAACAAUCAUUUUCCUUCAGUGAGCUUUAUCCUCCUCUAAUCACCCUUUGGGAUACUGGGAAAGAGAAAAGCACAGCACUAGAAGUCCAAGCAACAGUUAUAGGGGUUCCAGCUAACAUAGCCUGAAAUAGCAACAUUACCACGCAGUUUUAAACUGGCAGUGCACAAGACUGUCGCUGUGCCCUGUACAAAAGCAAAAAAGAAAGAAAAAACAUUCCUCCAUAAAAAUCAAAAUCUUGGACUUUGUGGAUGGUGUUGGGUUCAAAUACAAAUAUUUACUGGUGUGGUAUCUUUUAAAAAAAAACAAACACCUGUCUUGGAAGAGUUCUGUGCCAACCAAAUUGUUUUUUUAGGACUCUAUGAUGUGGCUUCUUAUAAUCUAAGAGGCACUCAGUGCUGUCUAAACAGUGCAAGUAGAUGAGAAUUUUUUCUGUAUUUGUUGUUUUUUAAUUAAAUGUAGGAAUAGUGGAACUGAGUAAUACCCUCCUCCUGUGUUGUAUGACACACAUUAGCCACGAAUUUUUGCAGUGACCCAAUAAAACUAGAAUUGACCCGUGGUGUAAUGAAAUGGACAAAUUCUGUAGAGUAGACACAGUGAGUAUGUGAAACUUUUUUUAUGAGGAAAAAAUACAAUUUUUGAUUACAAUCAAAAUAUUUUGGAUUUCUUUCUUUCUAAAGACUUUCUUCUGAGGUGCACAUGCAUUUUAAUCUCUGAUAAAUACAGCCAUAAUUUCCUGUGGAAAUGCAGGCAUGAUUGCCUAGAACAUAUAUGUUUUAGGCUGUGGUUUUACCAAAAUGUACACAACAAAUUGGUCUCUUAAGUAUGUUUCAAAAUGGUAUGUUCUUCACUGCUUGAGCUCUAAGGUAAUUUUUCACAAUGUGUGUGUGUGUUUAUCUCCCAGGAAAUAGAUGUAAUGUAUAAUUGAAGGAGUAUUCCAAAGUCUCCAAAUUAUUAUUAGUCUCAUAAGUACUGUAGUGUGAGUUACACAUUACAAACACUUACUCUACCCAAUAAAAAUCUUAAAGCACAACAAUAUCAAGAUCACGAAAAAGAUAAACAUUUGAAUAUAAUCUAACACACUGUCAAGAAGGUAGUCUGAGGGACAAAGCCAGAAAAGCAGUUAAUCAGAAGUGGUAAAAGAAAAGCGGCAAUAGCAGCUAUACAAUAAAAGGGAACAGGGCUUGGUUCUAGAAUACAACAAAAUGGCAGGACUUUUUUCGCAUAAGGGAUGUAUGAGAAACUCAGAAUGGUACCAUGAGAAACUUUAAAAUGUUGGUCUGAGUGGGAGUGGCUACCAUGUGGGCUCUUCAGGUUGCAAAAUGCCUUAGGUCAAUAUUGACGAGAAAGCCCUGUAGAUAAACAGUGAGGCAACCACUGGCGUGAUAGAAAAGUUAUGAUCUGAAGUCAUGUGAUGGAGUAAUUUAAGCAAAUCAGGGCAAGCUUUUGUCAAAUACCUGGAAACCCAAGAUAGCAUACCUUGAGCUUCAUCAUAGCAGAAAAACAUAACAGAAAUAUAAGAAAUGAUAAACAGCUAGUCACUAUACCUGGCAUGCCCUCUUCUGGCCUGGAGCUUUGAAUAAUCCAUACAUGGCUUUAUUGCUUGAAUGAGCAAAACAGUUGUCAUUCUUGGAGAUUUGCAGUUCCUUACAAUUACGUUGUUUCCAAAAACAAAAAAAGCCAAGCUAAGGCCGAACAUUAAAGACGAUAACUCACAUUCAUACAGGAAUUCAAAGUUAAUUUGAUCAACCAUUUUAUAUCCUACAAAUGGCAGGGAAUUUUAACACAAGUGUUACAAAAUGACUGAACUAUUAAUUAUGUGGAUUUCAGAAAACACCAGAAGUGCAACUUUUAUAAGCUGUAGUGCUUUCUUAAUGUUCUCCUGUUGUCUUCAUUUUCCCAGGCUGCCACAUACUGUCAGUUUGCCACUGGUUGGUUAAAAUCUCCCUCGUAACUGUCUGAAAAUGAUCCAUUUGCCUCCAAACUUAAAUGUGUCAAUUAAAAAAAAAAUCUUAAUGGCUGCUUGCAACAUGCAAACAGUUUUCAAAAGGUCUUUAUGGUGGGAGAGUGGAAAGUUCCAGUGGUAAUUCUGUAAUUUCAAAAAACUGUAUCUUUAUGAAUUCAACAUGUUUCACUGAGCAUACUCUUUACAAACCUGAUGAAUCACUAGCACACACAUGUUGACAUUAGAAUUUAUCAGCCAGAUGUGCCCAUACAUCAUGAGAGAUUUUAGCACUGAAGAUAGAGCUUUUUAGAGGCAAGCUAUUUA